UCCCCAGUCCUUCUCCUAUAUUCAUCAAUUGGACAAGUUUGGCACGUGAUGUCGUGUAACUUAAAUCUAUAGGUGUGACUUGUCAGCUGAUGCACCUUCAGGAAUCGUUGCAUUCGACACAAUUGUUUUGUUAAAUCUUAUCCGUUAUUCUUAUUCCUUUCGUAGUAAUGGCUCUUCAUUCUGCUGGAAAGGGCAAGCUUCUUGCAGUGAUUGGAGAUGAGGAUACUUGUGUUGGAUUCCUCUUGGGCGGAGUAGGCGAGAUUAAUAAACAUCGUCAACCCAACUUUAUGGUUGUAGAUAAAAAUACAGCAGUAAGUGACAUAGAAGAUACAUUUAAACGAUUUAUUAAACGAGAUGAUAUUGAUAUUAUACUUAUCAACCAAAACGUUGCAGAAAUGAUUCGUCAUGUAAUUGAUAGUCAUACACAACCUAUACCAUCAGUCUUAGAAAUUCCCAGUAAAGAUCAUCCAUAUGAUGCCAGUAAAGACUCCAUUCUAAGACGUGCCAAGGGAAUGUUUAAUCCAGAAGAUAUACACUAAUCCAUGUACAUAAAAUGUUGAGCCAUAUAAAAAAUAUAAAAAUGUAUGACUUGUAUGGCACUUAUUAAUCUCUGUAUCUAAUGUUACUGUGUUGUUAUAGUUCACUUGUAAAAAAUAGAAAUAUGUACAACA